GCCAUUUAAGCAUUAACUUCUUCCUAUCCUCUCUCUCUCACAUAGUUUCUUUUUUCGUUUUCAUUUUCCUCCAGUCAUAACUCAUACUAUUACUACUGCUGAUUUCAAGAUCCUUUCUCUUCUAUUUCUGUGUUCUUAUUCAUUUCGCAUUCUGUAUCUGACACGCACUCCACCGAGCUCACCACUUCUCCUUGACCGCGAGUACACCAGAAAGUAAUUCAACCGAUCAUCAUGAAGCACAACGCUGCUCACACGCCGGGUGCGCAGAGCUCUGCACUCGGCCACGAGCCCACGAAGCCCACGCCGGUCCACGACGGCAACAAGGAGGAGGCGAAGGGAAAGCCCCAGCUCACGAGCAGCCGCAUCGACUCUACCAAGUACAAGACGAAGCUCUGCCGUCACUUCGCACGCGGACUGCCCUGCCCCUUCGGCGAGCACUGCGCCUUUUCGCACGGCGAGGAUUUAGCCACGAUGGGCCCGAAGGACCUCACCUCGAUGCCGACCUCCCCGCUGAAUACGAAGGCGCGUUGCUACACCCCCGAGACGGCGAGUCUAACGGGGGAGGACGGUAACAGCAUGGAGAACAGCGCCCACUUCCGCGUGCGCUUCCGUUCGUUGUCACGGUCGCACUCGCAACAGCACAUGCAGCCGCCGCCGUCGUAUGAGGCUGCCGUGACGACCGCCGAGGGCGCGACGUCGUCAGCAGCAGUCCCUCCGCCGUCCUACCCGCGUCGUUACCGCUUCGAUCCUUACAGUGCUGACACAAUUGUUUAUGUGCGCGGCUGA